AUGGUUAAGCGAGGGCUUUCUGACAACGAAAGUGAAAGGGAGCAGGAAUGGAGAAACAGAGACAAGGAUGAAGAGAGCAGCAACUCCUCUGAUGAAAACGAGGAGGAUUAUAGUGAUUCUAAUGACUAUCCCGGAAAUCAGAACAAGGUGAUAAAAGAUAGGUUCCAGGCCAGUGAUAGCGAGGAAGACGACGACUAUGACGUCGAGUUUGAGAAACACGUACAGGAGGCGCGCCAAGAAAUGCAACAGAGCGCCAAGAAGCUCAAACAACUGACUCCGGAACAGCUAGCCAAAGAACAGAAAAAGAUUAAACGUAGCGGAGUGGUGUAUCUUUCGACUAUCCCCCCAUACAUGAAGCCAGCAAAACUCAGGCACGUAUUGCAACGGUUUGGAAAAGUAGGGAGACUGUACCUCAAGCCUGAGGAUCCUAAAGUUUACAAGACAAGGGUGAAGACCGGAGGUAACAAGAAAAAAAAGUUUGUAGAGGGCUGGUGUGAGUUUGAGAAUAAGAAGGACGCCAAACUGGCGGCAGAAACCUUGAACGGGAACAAGCUGGGAGGAAAGAAAGGAAACUUUUACUAUGAUGACAUUAUGAACAUCAAAUAUCUCAAGGGCUUCAAGUGGCAUGAUCUGACGGAAGCUAUGAAUAGAGAGAUCGAAAUCAGAGAGAGCAAGAUGCAAUCUGAGCUUUCUCAAGCGCACAAAAUAAACAAGAACUUCAUCAAGAAUGUGGAAACCUCGAAGAUGAUUGAAAACAUCAAGAAACGAAAAAAGAACGCAGAGCCCACUGUUCAGCGCGUAUACGCCCAGCGGUCUGUUACUACUAACAGAGCAGGAGCCGAUGAAUGGCAGAAGGAUACCAAAAAUGCAGAGAGCGGCAAGCUGAAGAAAGUGCUUGAAAAUAUUUUCUGA